AUGGACGCCUUCAGCCUGCUCAAGUACUGGCGUUCUAGCGCCGGCGGCAUCACCACUACCAUCUCCGCCGCAGACUCCACCGCCGACGCGCGCGCCACCGCCGAAAUCGUCUCCGCCCGUAUCUCCGCCGCCAGCCCUUACUCAACCGACGGCGAGGACGGGCCCUUCUUCGACCUGGAAUUCUCCCUACCCGACCAGGAGAGCGACGCCGACGAACCACCGCCGGUUAAAUCGCACCAAAAUGACCAAAAACCCUCAGAAACAGAAAAUGAGGACGAAACGGGAAGUGAGUCCGACGCCGAAGAAAUCUCAGUGUAUGAAAACGAAGACAUUGACGAUGAAGAAGAAGAAGAUGAUGAAGAUGGAGGAGGAGAACUUAAAUUUGCUCUCGCGAGCAAUGAUUGCGCGGAUCAGGCCGCGGCGGCGCUUUCCCCUUCGGAUGAGCUGUUUUUCAAGGGGAAUUUGGUUUCAGUUGAGCCUUCGAGCAUUUUAUUGAGCGGGUCCUCUGAAGAAAACUCAAAAUUACCCAUAUUUUUAGUGAAAUCAGCUACGAAAUUCAGGGUGCUCUUGCUCAAGCUGAAGAAAUCCAAAUCCGGCAAUGGUGAGAAUCUCACAAGGCAUGAAAGAGCUGAAAAAAUUAUGGGUAAUGGUAAAAGGGAGAAUCAGGGGAAAGUGAGCGGCAAGUUAAUGGCGGUGAAAUUGAAAGUUGAGGAGGGGCCUCUCAUGUCCCUGUUCACCAGAGACAACAGCGCGAAAGAAAACGGCCAUGGCCGUGGUCUGGCUGAAGGUAACAACGUCGACGAGAGAAAGCUGACCAAAGAGGUGGUGCUGCAGAAGUACUUGAAGAUGGUGAAACUUCGCGUUUCCAAGCGUUACGUUGAGAAAUUGAAGUUCACCGGCGGUCAGUCGGUGGGAAGCGGAGGCUCCAAAAUUUCUGCUCCGGCGGCGCGUGGCGACGCGAAGCCUCAGGAGAAGCACGGGAGCGGCGGUAAUAACCUGCAGGCGGGGCUCAAGGUGGUGCGGAAGCACCUGGGGAAGAGCCGAUCGGCGUCCGCCUCGGUGGCAGCGUCGCCACCGAGGAAGGCGGCGUCGAACCGCCGGGACGACUCGCUGGUGCAGCUGCACGACGGGAUCCAAGGCGCCAUUUUGCACUGCAAGAGAUCGUUCAACGCCUCCAGGGAUAUUGAACCAUCUUCAAUUCUAUGUCGCUCCAAAGAGACCGAACGCCGAGAAGCCAUCCCGUUGGCCUCAACCGAGGAGCCGCCUUUAGUGUCUGCUUUAGCCCAAGGCCAGAAAGAGUGGAUCGACACAAAGAGCCCACCGAACCACCCACAACUAGAAAGUCGGGCCGGGCAAAGAGAAGGGAACCACCCAUCACCGGCCCAUCCCCAGGCGGCAUGGAGAGAGGGGGCUGCCGGAUGCUUCUAA